AUGUCUCUAGCGGGCGUCACCCCAUGGGGGAUCUCAGCCAACAUCUACCGUACAUGUCUCUCCCGCACCGCCAUACUCAGACUACCACGAUCCCCGCUGGCAAUGGGAAAGUCGAAAUCAACUUCCCCAUUGAUUCUACCGCGAGCACGGAACUUCUCCCUUACCAACACAAGCCGUAACACAGCCACCACCCAUCCCGGAAAACCCCCGUCUCCAUUGGGGACCCUAGCAAACACAUUCGCCCGCAUCUCCCAACCCCUCAAAACCGGCGCCAAACCCCAGCCAUUCUUUCCGGACAUUAGUUCCCCGACAGUGGGAUACUGGCUGCUAGGCUCUGCGGGAUUAGUCUUUGGCAUUGUAGUCCUGGGCGGACUUACUCGGCUGACCGAGUCCGGGUACCCCCUCCCUCCCGCAUUCUACAGCUUUUAACACCCCUCACUAACAACCCCCCCAGCCUAAGCAUAACAGAAUGGAAACCAAUAACGGGCACCCUCCCCCCCCUCUCCCUCGAAGACUGGGAAUCCGACUUCAGCAAAUACCGCAACACCCCCGAAUACCGCAUCCUAAAACCAAACAUGAGUCUGGAUGAAUACAAAUUCAUUUAUUACAUGGAAUGGACCCACCGGCUUCUUGGGCGAAUGAUUGGCCUCUCCUUUGUCCUACCAGCAGCCUACUUCGUCGCGCGGGGGCGUGUAACCCGGCGCAUGGCGCUCCGCCUGGGCGGCAUAUCCGGGCUGAUAGCCCUGGAGGGCGGGAUAGGGUGGUGGAUGGUAAAAUCGGGCCUUAAGGACGACCUGUUUCAGCAACCGGGAGCGCACCCGCGCGUCAGCCAGUACCGCUUAACGGCACACCUGGGGGGCGCGUUCGCGGUGUACGCGACAAUGCUAUGGAACGGGCUGUCCGUGCUCCGCGAGAACCGCCUCGUGCUACCGGACCCAAAAGCCGCGAUUAACGAAUACAACACGCUAUCCAACCCCGUGCUGCGCCCGUUCCGCCGUCUGGUAGGUGUGAUUAGCGUACUAGUGUUCGCAACCGCCAUGUCCGGCGGUCUGGUGGCCGGUUUGGAUGCAGGCCUUAUUUACAACGAAUUCCCAAAAAUGGGCAACGGGUACAUUCCCCCGCUGACGGAACUCAUGGACCCAUUCUACGCCCGACAUCCGGAUCACUCGGACCUGUGGUGGCGCAACAUGCUGGAGAACCCCACAACCGUGCAAUUCGACCACCGGUGUCUUGCCAUAUCCACCUUCUCCUUCAUUACCGCGGUGUUUGCUUACUCUAGACUGAACCCUGGCAUUGCUAGGGCGCUCACCAAAAAUGGGAAAAGGGGGAUUACGGGAGUCAUGCAUUUGGCCAUCUUGCAGGUUUUGUUGGGUGUUGGGACGCUGGUGUACAUGGUCCCUACGCAUCUAGCGGCCACGCAUCAGGCGGGAAGCUUGGCGUUGUUGACUGGCGCUAUCGUGCUUGCUUCGAGGGUUUGGUUGCCCAGGGCUGCGGUCGGUGCGGCGAGGAGGAGGUUGGAGGUGGCAGGUGAGAGGAAGGUU